AUGAAACGCUUCCAGAUUCGCUUUUUUUAUCAUAAGUAUGGCGUGCACAGCUCAUCUCUCGCGCUCUAUGUGGUCCAAAUGAAGCGACACGGGAAUCAGACCAAUAUAUUAUGGUGGUCCUAUGGGAAGGGAAACAAGAUCUGGGAAAGCGUAGUCAUCGCUCUACCUGACAUUAGAUAUAGAUAUUUCUUGCAGUUUGAAGCGAGCAGGGGCUAUUCUUCGAAGAACGACAUAGCGAUUGAUGAUGUUUCUUUAAGCCGAGAAUGUUUCGGCAUUGGAGUUCCAUCAGAAAUCGUAGGUGAUUUCAAUUAUUACAACCCCAAUAUAGAGCUCGAGACGGUGCCGCCGCAGCAUCCAGAUUUUGCGAACGAGACAUUUAUCCGAAUUACAACCUGCGGCGCUACUGGCAGAACAGGUCCGACUGCUGAGCAGUGCGCUGAAGAAUACAAUGGAACCGACGUGGAACUGAUCAUACCAUCGCCGAUAUCGGAGCAGGAGGUCACGCCGGCCCAUAAUCUGAGCGGUAUGCAACGGUGGACAGCGCCUCGCGGCGAAUACUAUACUCUGAUCGUGGUCGGGGCACGUGGUGGAAUGGGCUCCGGCGGCAUGGGCACUACUUUCGGUGCUCUUGUUCGUGGUGUAAUCGAGCUACAGAAGGGUGACCAAUUGUACUUCAUAGUGGGUCAAGAAGGAAUGAAUGCGUGUGCUAAGAGUCUCGGCAUGAGGGAGACCUGUCGGUCGUCGGAUGAAUCUCACGGCUCAUCUGUGUCAUCUAGUACUUCGGCGAAAGUGCGAGAAGUGAAGAAAGUCGUGUUUAAAUAUGGUGGUGGUGGCGGUGGUGGUGCGACUGCCGUCUUCAUGUUAAAGGCAAAUGGCGAAUUGGAACCUAUCAUGAUCGCUGGUGGCGGUGGUGGUUUGGGAUCUGGUCAGUUUAAGGAUGACGGAUUGCAGCAUGGACGCGGUCCCAUUUCUGGAGAAAGAUUCCUACCUUUUUCGCAUGAGAUUGUCGAAGGCACAGGCGGACCCGGAGCAAGCUGGAACGGUCAGUGGACCAACGAUUCGGAUCAUCAAAGUGCUGCGGGGACGUCAUUGGUUCAUGGUGGCUUGGGAGGACUCGGUUGUGAGCCGGGGGAGCAAGGACACAGUAACGGGGGUUUCGGCGGAGGUGGCGGCGGUUGUCAGACCGGUGGUGGCGGUGGUGGUUAUAUUGGUGGUAGCACUGGUCGCAGGCCAUCCGGUAACGGCGAAGGUGGUUAUUCGUAUAUCAGCCAGAGACUUACGGAUAUUUACUUCAAGGCAGCGGCUCACUAUGGCCCGGGCGAGAUUUUCAUUAUUCCCGCGAUUAGUGGUUGCGGCUGCGACUAUCGUUGCGUCGUUCUCGACCAAUAUUUAAGUGAAACCAAAUGUCUCUGUCCUCAAGGCUGGUUACUCAGCAACGAUUCUAAGUCAUGCAUCGUUACUGACGAAUCGAAGGGUAUACAUUCGACGUACAUGAUCCCGCUAAUCGUCGUGAGCAGCCUGCUAGUCAUCGUUGGAAUCGGCCUUAUACUUUAUCUUUCGAUAAAUAAACGGUUCCAAUGUAAAAAAGCGCUUCUGCAUCGCCGUCAACUCGGCAACGGUACAGAGUUAACUUCAUUGCGCGCGAUGUCAGGCAAUUUGAUAACUGAAUUCAACCCCAACUACGAGUUUGCCGGUAAUCCCUACAGCUUGAAGGACUUGCCACGGAUAGCCCGCGAUUGUAUUUCCUUAACGAGGCCUCUCGGUCAAGGCGCUUUCGGCGAAGUUCACGAAGGCCGAUACAAAUACAGACGUGGACAGCACCCGGUUGCGGUGAAAACGUUGCUGACAUUAUCCACGCCGCAGGCAGAAGCCGAUUUCAUGAUGGAAGCGUGUAUAAUGAACAAAUUUAAUCAUACUAAUAUAGUGCACUUCAUUGGAGUCUGCUUCGAUAAACAUCCAAAGUACAUCGUUCUCGAGUUAUUAGCCGGAGGUGACCUGAAGAAUUUCUUACGUGAGGAAAGGCCUCGACGAGAUCGAUCUACAACAUUGACGAUGCGCGACCUCGUUAUGUGUAGUAACGACAUUGCGAAUGGUUGUCAAUAUUUGGAAGAGACGCGUUUUAUACAUCGCGACAUCGCCGCUAGGAACUGCCUAUUAACCACAAAAGGUCCGGGGCGCAUCGUUAAAAUCGCAGAUUUUGGAAUGGCAAGAGACAUCUAUCGGGGCGAUUAUUACAGAAAAGAAGCUGGGACGGUGCUACCUAUAAAGUGGAUGUCGCCUGAAAGCCUUUUUGAUGGCAUAUACACCACAAAGAGUGACGUCUGGUCCUUCGGCGUCCUGUUAUGGGAAAUUAUGUCGUUCGGAUACACACCCUACAUAGGAUGUGGGAAUCAUGAUGUGAUAUCAAUGGUGAAGGCAGGUGGUCGUCUAGAAAAACCCGUUGGUUGCCCGGAUCCGAUUUAUGGUAUUAUGAUGAAAUGUUGGCAUCCACAACCCGAUCGCAGACCAAGUUUCUCUAAUAUUGUCGAGAGGAUCGGUUACUGUUUGCAGGACCCUGAUGUGAUUUGUGAGCCCACGCCUAAAUAUGACGUACUCCCUACUGACGAAGGAGAAAUUACUAUGUGGCCAGAUCCGGAAGCGGAGAGUAUCAACGUACAGUCUGAUCUGGACGGAUGUGGUUACGUGCGACCAAGGGUCAUCGACUCGCGAUCUGUGGCACAUCACGUGAAUCAGGCUGUAAGUGGUACUACUUACGACGCGAAGACUGAGAAAUCAAACAAAGGCGGUUGUUCACCGCGACUAUCCACAACAGUUCAUGGCUGUGAGACAUCGCGCUGUAAAGCUUUCGCGAGAUCGACGGAGUGCCGGCAAGGAAAGUUUGGUUGCAAUGUAUAUGAUUCCAUUAAGAAUACUUCCGAGCGCACUUACAGCGGUGACAAUCACGAAGAUCGCGAAAACGAGAUUAUCGGAGAUAAGGGUAGACAUCGAACAGAUCUGCCGAAACGUUCAGAUCUGAAGACAAUACAUCAGUGUGACAACAUCGAAGAGCGUGACAACCGAAUAAAUGAAGAGAACGGCAACAACCGUCCAGAGGAAGAGGAGUGUCACCUGACUGUCAACACCGAUAGUGCGAUAACAGAUCGCAGGAAUGGCAAUGAGAGUACAACGACAACUGACACCAAUUCCGACUCCCUGAUUGUGCAAUCUUCCGACACUCCACCUAACACGACAACGAACUCAUCGCCCAACACGCGCACCUGUUCGCCGAGUCGCAUCAUCGGCCUUAACUAUGCGAACGUCAAUAACGCGAACGACGUAGCGAAGAAGAGCACGCUGAAAGCGACUCUUAGUCUGGACCCAAGCGCUCUCUACAAAGGUGCUAUUCCCUAUGAGAAGAUCACCAGGCAUACGCAACGCUCGAGCACACCGGGCAGUAUGGAGCUAAGGAAGGAUUCCCUGAGUCACGAGUUACCAAGAGAGGAGGAGUGUUCCUGCUGAGAUUUAUCCGAGGGGGGUUGACGAGGCUCCCCGAAGACCGCAGUUGCGGCUGCGCUCAGCUGCAAUGGCGCUCGCCGAACGCAGCUGCAACGAUCGGCAACGACGACUGCGGUUACGACGGACACGCAACUCGUGGAACUCUCCUCGUCGCCGUGGGCCUACAACAACGAAUACUCGCGCCGUUUCUAUUCUGAGGAGACCCUAUUGUAAAUAUGAAUCGGAAAUACCCCCCACGUAAUGAGCUUUCACUUGUGAUUAGGACGAGUCGAGUCGCAACACGAACUGAGACUGACUCUUCGCGUGAAAAAGAGGAAGAGUGAUUUUUUUGCGCGAGUUAACAGAUCGAGAGAGAUUGUUGUUGUUGAGCUAAUGUAAGUACGACCGAUCAUGUACAUAUAGAGGUAACAAGAGAUACUAAAAUACGUAACACUUGUAUUCAAACGCGUUACAUCGAGAUGAUUUCAUCGAGCUUAUUUCGUAAGCUUCCUAAUUUCGUGAUUAUGAUCGAGCGGUAAUUAUUGCAAAAUAAUGGCGAAAUGGUAAACUUCGGAUAACAUCUACUCAGGGCAUAUAACCUUGAUAGUUGAAACGAUGUGUGAGGCUUGUUGUAUGAAUAUAUGUGACUGGUUUUAAUUAACUUGAAAGUGAUAAAGUUCGCGAUGUAUAUAUGUAUUCAACGUGUAAAACACUAACCCACGCACGAGUAGUUUUGUCUUUGAAAUAAGGUAUUACUGAUCUGAGAAAUAAUUCCAAGUAAACACUUACUAAUGGUAACACACCAAUGAUAUACUUUUUCACUUAACAAUGUAACUGUUAUGUAUAGCAUGAGUUAUAUUACAUUUAUAUUGCUGAAUGGGAAAUUAUAACAUUUAUACACUGUUAGUUGAUGUUUACUAGGUUGUGUCGUCUAACUAAUCGGCAAUCGUUGAUGAGUAAUCUAUCCGGAUCAACUCGGACCCGAAAAAUAUGUCAUGACUGUUGAGUAAAAUAUUAUACUUAAGUAAUACUUGAUGUAAAAGUCUCCGUAGGCUGAUCGUCUACCUCGUGACUUGUCUCUAUCUGGAGAAUCGAUGAUGUGAAAUUGAUCUUCUCAUUAUAUACUAUUGCCAUUACAAAACGGACGAGCGAGUGAGUAUUUCGUAAGAAGUUUGGAUGAAUCAAGAGUGGUGAACAUAAAAAGAGCACGAGUCCUUUUUUAUUUUUCUUACAACGACGACGUACUUUACGUGCGCGUAGCGUAUGAAAGUCAACUACACACUAUGUAUCUGUACGUGAAACGUAAUAAAGGCGUAUUUGUGGAAAGAAA